UGUAUAUAAAGCAGUGCUGGCGCGAGUCUCGACUCAUUCUUCGGGUCUCUCUGCAAGGAAGGGAUACGUUUCACGCAGCAGCUAUGAGGCUAACGACGUUAGUGGCAGGCAUCCUGUGCUGCGCUUUCCUAGCAAGGGCACAAGAAGCUGCGGCUGAUGACUAUGCUGAUUACUAUUAUGACGACCAAGCUCCCGCAGACGCGGCACCUGGAAAGGAUGGUGCCGCUGCUGCUGGAGCCGAUGCUGGGGCUGCCAAAGACGCGGCGGCGCCUGCCGACGAGGAAGUAACAGAGGCUCCAGUCACAGAAGCUGCCACCGAACCGAGCACCGAUGCCUCGGGUCGAAGAAAAUUGGUGAGUCUCAAGUCGACCAAGAUCAACCGCAACAGGGCUGCUCCAAGGCCUCGUCCAGUGGCCACAGAUGCUCCAGCUGCUGCUGCAGAAACCGCCGACGCUGCUCAAGAGGCCUCCUCGAGCACGCCAGCGAGAGGGUCUGUGCGCGGAAGGACCACCACCUCCGCCGGCAGCACCAGCAGCGUGAGGGGACGUGGAAGAACCUCCGUCCGAGCGCAGCCCGAGGCAGCUGCUGCUGAUGCUGAGAGCCCUGCAGAAAGUGAGACACCUGCAAGAGGUCGUUUCAGGCCUUCAACCACUUCCGGUCGCAGCAGUUUCCGCCCUUCCACUCGCGGUUCAAGCUCAGCCGCAGAAGGCGCAGAAGAGGAGAGCAAGACUUCCUCCUCGUCCAACAGAUUCAGGCCUUCCACCCGCAGCAGCUUCCGUCCAUCCACCUCUUCCUCUUCUGCAAAGACUGAGGAAACAGAACAAAGCGCCAAUCAUCGAUUCAGCUCGAGCCGUAGAGCCAACACCAGGCCGGGAUCUUCCUUCAGGCCCGGCAGAACCCAGGCUGAAGAAGCCGAAGCCGACCCUGCAGCUGCCGAACCCGAGGCAGCGGACGAAGCAGCCGCCGAAAACACCCGCAGAUCAAGACUUGCACCAACCCGUGGCGCCAGAAGGAAAUUCCAGGGUCCCACAAUCGUGAGGAAACCCCCACACAUCCGUCGACCCCUUCAGAAAACUACUACUACUACCACCAGUACUACCACUACUACUACUACAACAACAACAACAACACCAGCGACCACCACGACUACAACCACCACAACCGAAGCCCCAACCACACAAGCAGCAAUCACGGAUGCUCCCACUGAACGGCUGGAGGCCCCGACCACAAUGAUGCCCAUGGAUGACACCAUGGCCAAAGGACCCGAGGAUGUCAUGAUGGAAGACAAAGUGAUGACGGAAGAAAAGAAAAUGAUGCAAAACAAACCUGCGAUGGAGGAACAAGUUAUGAUGGAUGAUGACGUGACCAUGACAGAAGACAAAACCAUGAUGGAGGAUACAGUGAUGACGGAAGACAAAGCCACGAUGGACGAAGCGGUCCAGGAACCUCACCAGGAAGAAGUGUUCCCAGAGGAAGAAGUGAUCCCCGAGGAAGAGGUACCACUGAUCGACUACAGGGACAUCCCAGUUGAGGACAGGGAGAAGGAGCUGGCUGGCGUCAGACUCCGGCCUAUCCCAGUCAGGAUCUCUGUAGAUGACCCAGUAACUACUACAACUUCAGCACCUACAGCCACCACCUCUGCCGCACCACCUACAAGAGCCAGCAGGCGGAAGUCCUCCAGGUACACUCCACCCCAGCCACCAGCACACCCCAUUGUCGAAACGACCAAAGCUCCCGUGCAACAAGCCUCUUCAGAUAUCUUUGCACCACCACUUUCUGCUGCAGUCCGAAACAAAGUCAGGGGAGGCUCCAGAGACCGCGCGGACACUCCCGCAAGCCGGAAAACCAGCCGAAAUGAUGUCUCCGGUCCUGCUACGAUUGCACCAGUCGCUCCUCAGCCCGAAGUUGACAGCAAAUUCAGGCGGCCAAAUUACGGCAUCUCAGACAUACAGUACCAGGGAGCAGAAGUGAAGAUUACGGAAAUUGGCACAGUUGAAGACACCCCACCCGAGGAGGUCCGCAUGAUUCUGAGUGGCUUGGGAGGCAGAAGAAGAGGUCUCGCUCGCCCACAACCUAGACCGGCUGCUGCCGUUACUCCUGCCAAGCCUAAAACAAAGGCCCCUGCCCCACCAAAGCCAGCUGCAGCCAAUGAUGAUUAUUAUUCCGAUUACUAUUAUGACUAUGAGUAAGCCCUCUCAGUUUCAGCCGAUGCAUUUAGAACGAGCAAAGGGCUCAUGCCAAAUCACUGUACGUUUAUCAGGAAUAAUCAUAAAUUUCUUUUAACUGCAUGACACUAAACCUUUGACUGUAUUCUGUCUACAAUGACCUUAACUGCUUUUUUUAGAAUCAAAAUAUUACUUCAUUACUAUAUAUAGUGUGCCAAUAAUUGUCUUCAUAAUUAUUUACUAUUAUCCUUACUGUAUAGGUAGAUAGCGAUGUAUGUGGCUCUGGUUACAUACACUGCCCUUCAGAGGUUAUGACCGUUUGUAUCAAACGAAACGUAAUUAGCAAUACUCAGACGCAAAGCUUCGGUGCCAAUUACUAACUGACAAACGGUAAGAGAUAACUAACGACAAAACCCUGUCUGGCUUUCACCUCCUCCCUGAAUCUCACAAGCUUCCGCCCCAUCUCUUUCUUUCAACUUUGAUCUGGGUUAAGCGAGGUUGUUCAUCCCAUUUGCCUAAAUGCUUAAAUAUAAUUUAUAUUCUUAUUACAUACUUUAUGUUGCUUAAAAUCCUCAGACGACCUUCUGAAGCAAUAUUUCCUGGAUGAACUUUUGGUACUACUAAUGUAUUUAACAGUUUUAAUGCUGUGCCCAUUUUUCUACUGAAGCAACAUUAACUGCGAAGACAGCGCUGAUUUUUGUACAUAAUUCUCACAUGAAUUAGUAAAUUUCUUUAGCAACAAACAGGAAACUUAGCAAAAUGGGAUCACUUUCUACUUUAUCAAGGACUCCACAGAACUGGUGUAUGUAUGUCUGCCUAAGAUUAUUUUUCAUAAUUUAUUACUUGUCCAUGUUUAGGGUGUUAGGAUAGCCAUACCUUACAGACUGCGAGACAAGGUUCCUAAAACGCAUUUACUGUACUUCCCUUUUUACAUAUUUUUGUACUGUACUGUAUAUCUUAAUUUUCAUUCCUCUGAACACGCGCAACCAAAGGAGGUGUCACACGACGGACUCCUUCAGCACCUUGUAGGCCAAUUCGUUCACUUCCCUAAAUUUCUUUAAGGGGUCAUCACUAAUUGCAAUUAGCCAAUUUAUAAACUUAAUACUACAGUACUUUCCUUUUCAUAUAUACUAUAUAUACUACCAGUAAGCAAUUCAAACAUUAUGCUCCAUUUAAAGGAAAUUUACCAGUAUGCUAGUUACCAUAGAUUCAGUUUUAAUAAAGUGUCCUACAUGGAAUGAGCCUCGUCAGAUUCUAAAACAGAUACUACUAUCGUCUUUCACUUUGGUCAUUAAAGGAAACCCCACCUUGGAAAAAACGUAAUGCUAAAUGAACCCAUUACAAUAAGUUAAAACAUAAAAUGCUUCUUGUAUUGACAAAUUAUGUUGCUUGUAACUGGAGGAGAGUUCUGACACCCUACCUCCUAUUUCUUCCAAAGUAAACAGAUUCAAAGCUUUAGAGGCAAUGAAACAAACUCCUUUGAUAUAGGAUGUGCUUGUGUGACACCACCUUAUAGUGUCCCUAACGACAGCGGUGUUACACAAGCACAUGGCUUGUCUCUGCUUCUUUUUGCCAAAUAUGUGGGUGUAAGCAAAAUUUUACUUAUUUUAUUCAUACAUUACUAUUGCAAACCUAAGGCAUAUUGGAAGAAUUUGGCAGGAACCUGCAAAAAGACGCCAGGAAAGUGUGAGGACUGGCCGUCCUUACAAAAGCGUCGCGUGACACCUUCACAAUGUCCUACCUUUCAACGACAUGAAUGCUGGAAAAAGGACCUAACAUGAAAUUUGACUUCCAAACUAUAUUUUCUCAUACAUUCCAUACGUUCCUUCAAGUAACAGAUGGGUGCAGAUUGUAUAUUUUUCAUAUAUUCUUCUAAUGAACCUCAGUUUUUGUAAUGACAUAUGUGAUACCCAGUGGCAUUUAUUCAAUAAAUCUUUUCAUGAUGAAA